GUCGGCGCGAGGCGCUGCGUCCCGCCGCGCCUGUGCGGGCCCGCGGGGCUGCGGGAGCCGCUCUUGGACACCGCGAGCGGUGACUCCCCGCCGCUCCCGGGGGCUGUGACGGAGAUGCCUACUUAGAAGAGUGACAGCAGCUGGUCUACAUGUUUCAGUGCUAAACUGGUUCCUCAGGUAUCCUGGCUCUGGAAAUUGCUAUGGGAGAUUGGAUGACUAUUACAGAUCCAGAAAGUAAAAAUCUCUCUCAAUAUACCUCAGAAACAAAGAUGUCUCCAUCAAGUCUAUAUUCACAGCAAGUGCUAUGUUCUUCAAUACCUUUAUCAAAAAGUGUGCACAGCUUUUUCAGUGCCUUCUGCACAGAAGAGAAUAUUGAACAAAGUAUUUCAUAUCUUGAUCAGGAAUUGACCACUUUUGGUUUUCCUUCAUUAUAUGAAGAAUCCAAAAGUAAAGACACAAAAAGAGAAUUAAAUAUAGUUGCUGUUUUGAAUUGUAUGAAUGAGCUACUUGUACUUCAGCGGAAAAACCUUCUAGCUCAGGAAAAUGUGGAAACAAAAAAUCUGAAACUGGGAAGUGAUAUGGACCAUCUGCAGAACUGCUAUGCAAAACUUAAGGAACAACUGGAAACCUCCAGGAGGGAAAUGAUUGGGCUUCAGGAGAGAGACAGACAAUUGCAAUGCAAAAACAGGAAUUUGCAUCAGCUCCUGAAAAAUGAAAAAGAUGAGGUACAAAAAUUACAAAAUAUCAUUGCAAGCCGAGCUACUCAGUAUAAUCAUGAUAUGAAGAGAAAAGAACGUGAAUAUAAUAAGCUAAAGGAACGUCUGCAUCAACUUGUUAUGAACAAGAAGGAUAAAAAAAUCACCAUGGACGUUUUAAAUUAUGUGGGGAGAGCUGAUGGAAAAAGAGGCUCCUGGAGGACUGGUAAAACAGAAGCCAGGAAUGAAGAUGAAAUGUACAAAAUUCUCUUGAAUGAUUAUGAAUAUCGUCAGAAACAAAUCCUAAUGGAAAAUGCUGAACUUAAGAAGGUUCUUCAGCAAAUGAAAAAGGAAAUGAUUUCUCUUCUUUCUCCCCAAAAGAAGAAACCUAGAGAAAGAGCAGAUGAUAGUACAGGAACUGUUAUCUCUGAUGUUGAAGAAGAUGCUGGAGAACUAACCAGAGAGAGUAUGUGGGACCUAUCUUGUGAAACUGUGAGAGAGCAGCUUACAAACAGCAUCAGAAAACAGUGGAGAAUUUUGAAAAGUCAUGUAGAAAAACUUGAUAAUCAAGUUUCAAAGGUACAUUUAGAAGGUUUUAAUGAUGAAGAUGUGAUAUCACGACAAGACCAUGAACAAGAAACUGAGAAACUGGAGUUAGAAAUUCAGCAAUGUAAAGAAAUGAUUAAAACACAGCAGCAACUUUUACAGCAGCUCGCUACUGCAUGUGACGAUGAUACCACUUCACUAUUACGAGACUGUUAUUUGUUGGAAGAAAAGGAACGCCUCAAAGAAGAAUGGUCCCUUUUUAAAGAGCAAAAAAAGAAUUUUGAGAAAGAAAGACGAAACUUUACAGAAGCUGCUAUUCGCCUAGGAUUGGAGAGAAAGGCUUUUGAAGAAGAAAGAGCCAGUUGGUUAAAACAGCAGUUUUUAAAUAUGACUACAUUUGACCACCAGAACUCAGAAAAUGUGAAACUUUUCAGUGCCUUCUCAGAUUCAAUCAAUGUACUGAAUAUAACUCCUGAAGAAACUACACCAAAUCAGGUUGGAAGAGAAUGUACAAAUCAGAAGUGGAGCAUAGCAUCAAGACCUGGGUCACAGGAAGGUUGCUACAGUGGAUGCUCCUUGACCUAUACAAAUUCUCAUGUGGAAAAAGAUGACUUACCCUAGAUGUGUGGAUGGGAUUUUUUUUUUUUUUCAUUAACAUGUUCAUCAGAUUUCACAUCUAAGUUGAAACAGGGUAUGCCAUAAAGUCAGUCAUCUCUAAUAAUUCAAGAUGGUCUGAGUUGUUUGUUUGGAUUUCCCUGUCUUCCCCCAAAGAGCUGAAAUGCUAAAUGUCUUUAAAAGGAUAUAAAAGCUUUGGAUAUGUAUUUUUAGUAACAGAAACAUCUGGUUCUGUGAAUAAAGGAAUGUAUAGAUGUUUGGAUGGAAACAAAGCACUAGAAUGAGUUUCCUCUUUAUAGGUAUUAAAAAUAGCACUUUUAGGAAACUGAUUAUUGUAAAUGUUUAAUUUUUGUCCCAAUAUAGUUGGCAUUGGAAGUUUAACCUUUACUUGAAUGUAUACUGUAGAUUUUUAACAAAGCAAGUUCUAUAUUUAUUAUGUUUAGUGUGAUUUUGAAAUUACCUCUUUCAUGUUUUAAAUAAAAUGAAAUUUAUGUAUGUUUUGUACAUAGAUAUACAUGAUUAUGUUAAGAGGCUUUAAGACUUAAAAACUUCUACACAACCAUGAGUACAGUAAAAUUUUCAGUUGUAUUCUGUUUACAGGUGUGUUAGGACCAUUGCCACAUUGCAUUUAAGGUUUUGUGUUUUUUUUUUUUUAUCCAUAUGGGCAA